AUGUCUUCAAGGACGACCCUUUGCCUCGCGUUAAUCGCAUGCCUCAACAUCGCUGCGACGGCGUCACAAUCAUCUUUUGAAUAUACCGAAUGCUCCGAGGAUUCCGAGAAAAUCGCGAUCAACUGGACAGAUGCGUCCACCGUUCUGGGCAGACCCGACACCUAUCUCGGAAAGCUGGCUGUACCUCUUGACUAUACGCUGCCCCAUUCGAACAACAACACCCUCACCCUCAACAUCCUGAAAGUCAAAGCGACCAGAGAGCCCAGGCUAGGGAGUGUGUUGACAAACUGGGGAGGCCCCGGAUUGCCCGCAACAGAUUGGCUUCUGCAGCAGGCUCGUUAUGUUCUUGCCAUGACAGGCGGCCAAUACGAUAUCAUUGGUCCUGACCCAAGAGGAACUGGUACGACAAUGCCCGUAGACUGUUACAACGACGAGAUGGAACGGAUGGUUGCAGCCUUGCGAACACCCACGAGGACCAACUCUUCUGAUGUCGCGUUGGGUGCUAUUUGGUCCUACACCAAGCAGUACGCGGCGCGCUGUUUCCAGAACGAGGCAGUGAAUGGGUCACUGAUGAGCACGGCGUUCGUUGCCAGAGACUUCAUGAAGGUUGUUGAUGCUCUGACUGUGGAGGGCGAGGAUGGUCUUCUCCGGUAUUGGGGGAUAUCAUAUGGCACGUAUCUCGGCCAGGUACUAGCUGCCAUGUUUCCCGAUAAGGUCGAGCGAAUGAUGCUGGACGGGGUUUUACACCCGCUCGAGUACCAACAAGGAUGGGAGACUGGCCCAGCUACUUCCGCGCCUAUUGCUCUGAGACAGUUCACAGAACAGUGUAUCCACGCUGGGCCCUCCUGUUCCCUCUUUCGCCCCAACCUCUCGUCCUCCGCACUGUACGAACAGAUCCAAAGCCUCACCAAAAAAGCCAAGCGCGAGCCAAUUGUCAUGGGCCCGAACGUCACAACCGAUAUCGUGACCUACGAGAAGAUCGCCGAGGCCAGUGAUACGGCUCUGCGCAUGGGUCUGACAUCCGGACCUUACUUGGCUGGCUAUCUCAACAGCAUCAUGAUACGCGAUACCCCCGAAUACAACCACACCCAGUAUUUGAUCGACCGCUCCUUCAUCAUACAGGAUGCAGCGAUCAAUGCAGAUAACACGCAGCUCGUCCGUUGCUCCGACGCCAUGUUUCGUGCCGACGAGCUUGCCGAUGUCGAGCAACGCGUCCAGCACAUAACGGAAUUGGGUGAUUGGAACAGCGAUUACGUUAUCGGCGCGUAUAUCAUGUGCUCGCUGUGGAAGGUUCAGGCAAAAGAACGGUACGAGGGCGACUUCAAGGCGACGACGAGGAACCCCGUGUUGCUAAUCGGUUCGCCGUAUGACGUCCGCACUCCGAUUUCUGGGGCUUAUGCGGCGAAUAAGACGCUCGAAGGAAGUGUUGUGCUUCAACACAAUGGUCUCGGGGUAAGUUGA